AUGAACAACAGCACAUCCGGGACUCACGCGGAUCCGGACCUGCUGAUCACCUCCACCUUCGGGACGCUGCUCUCCCUCGUGUACAUCAUCGGGGUGGCGGGGAACGUGUACACGCUCGUGGUGAUGUGCCACUCGAUCCGCUUCGCCACCGCCAUGUACAUCUCCAUCAUCAACCUGGCGCUCGCGGACCUGCUGUACCUCUCCACCAUCCCCUUCGUGGUGGUCACAUACUUCCUGAAGGACUGGUACUUCGGGGACGUGGGGUGUCGCGUGCUGCUGAGCCUGGACCUGCUCACCAUGCACGCGAGCAUCUUUACGCUCACGGUGAUGUGCACGGAGCGCUACCUGUCCGUCACCAAGCCUCUAGACACCGUGAGGAGGUCUAAGAGCUACAGGAAGGCUCUCGCGUGGGGGGUUUGGCUGCUGUCCCUCUUCCUGUCCGUGCCCAUGAUGGUGAUGGUGUCGCAGACCCAGCAGCGCGUGCUCGGGGGGGGCGUGAAGCGGAUCUGCGCGCCCACUCUGGCCCCCCUGGCUUACAAAGUGUACGUCACGGUGCUGUUUGGCACCAGCAUCAUGGCCCCGGGACUCAUCAUCGGAUACCUGUACGUGAAGCUGGCGCGCACUUAUCUGGAGUCCACGCGCAACCCGGUGAUCGACAGAGUCCAGAG